UCUCUCACUCUCUCUCUCUCUCUUUCUCUCCAACAUGAAGAAGGAGCCAUUCUUGCUGCCCCUCGUCCUCGCCUUCGUCUCCCUGUGGCCGCGGCACGCCCAUGGCAAGCUCGGGGAGCAUACCGACCUCACCCGGGCGAGCUUCCCCCUGGGCUUCGUCUUCGGCACGGCGUCGUCGGCGUACCAGGUGGAGGGGAACGCACUGAAGUACGGCCGAGGGCCGUGCAUCUGGGACACCUUCCUGCUGCAUCCUGGUAAAACUCCUGACAAUGCGACUGCGAAUGUGACGGUUGACGAGUACCAUCGCUAUAUGGAUGAUGUGGACAACAUGGUGAGAGUGGGUUUCGACGCGUAUCGCUUCUCGAUCUCCUGGUCUCGCAUUUUCCCCAGUGGGAUUGGGAGGAUUAACAAAGACGGCGUGGAUUACUACCACAGGCUCAUUGAUUACAUGCUAGCUCAUAGCAUCACUCCAUAUGUUGCUCUCUACCACUACGACCUUCCUCAGGUGCUCCAUGAUCAGUACAACGGAUGGCUGCACACCAGAGUCGUGAGAGAUUUUGUGAGAUUUGCAGACUUCUGCUUCAAGACAUAUGGCCACAAGGUGAAGAACUGGUUCACCAUCAACGAGCCGAGGAUGAUGGCAAAUCAUGGCUACGGUGACGGCUACUUCGCCCCAGGCAGAUGCACUGGCUGCCAAUUCGGUGGGAAUUCUGCCACUGAGCCUUACAUCACAGCACAUAACCUUCUCCUUUCACAUGCUGCUGCUGUCAAGAUAUACCGAGACAAGUAUCAGGCUACUCAGAAGGGGAAGAUUGGCAUCCUUCUCGACUUCGUGUGGUACGAGCCACUCACCGACAGAGAGGAGGACCGCGCAGCUGCGCAUAGAGCCAGGGAAUUCACCCUUGGCUGGUUCCUGCACCCAAUCACGUACGGUCAUUACCCGGAAACGAUGCAGAACAUUGUUAUGCGAAGGCUGCCAAAUUUCACACGCGAGCAGUCCGAGAUGAUAAAAGGAUCGGCAGAUUAUAUUGGGAUCAACCAUUACACAACGUAUUAUGUCAGUCACCACGUCAACAAGACAUUCAUGAGCUAUCUGAAUGAUUGGGAUGUGAAGAUUUCAUAUGAGCGUGACGGUGUACCAAUCGGGAAACAGGCGUAUUCAAACUGGCUUUACGUUGUUCCUUGGGGAAUCUACAAAGCUGUCAUGCAUGUCAAGGAGAAGUACAAGGACCCCAUUAUAAUCAUAGGAGAAAAUGGCAUUGACCAGCCAGGGAAUGACACCCUACCAGGUGCACUGUAUGACUCCUUCAGGAUUGAGUACUUUGAUCAGUACCUCCAUGAGCUCAAGAGGGCCAUCACUGAUGGUGCAAAGGUCAUUGGGUACUUUGCCUGGUCACUGCUUGACAACUUCGAGUGGCGGCUCGGGUUCACCUCGAAGUUCGGCAUCGUCUACGUGGACCGGCAGACCUUCACAAGGUACCCUAAAGACUCAACACGUUGGUUCAGGAAGGUGAUAAAGAACGAGGUCUGAGGAGGAUUAUUAUCAUCACUGCUGGCGGCUGUUUUGAUCAGUGCCCUUUGGUUAUGUUAGUUUCUGUUGUAUGAAUAAGAUGUCUUGUACUAGUUGAGAACUCCUUUUUUUGUUCUAGAGUUGUACUUCAGAUUUUGCAAGUGAGGAUGAUAUUAGUUACAUUCCGGAGUUUAUACAUAACGGUGAUAAGAGAGGUGAAUUUCAAUAUUUGAAUCGAAGUAUCCAUAAUUCGUGUC